UGCAGUGCUCUCAGAAUCACUGUGUUGUUAGCAGUCCAGGCGAAACAUUCAGAGAGAAAGUCUUCAACCAUGCAUGCAUUUACCGUUUUUUGUCCUUUGCUGCUGAUGUGGUCGUGCCAAAUAAAGAAAAGCUGGUCCAAUGAGACUACUGACAGCCAUUUGGGAGAAAACUUAACAACAGAGUAUGAGUAUUCCACAGAGCCCGUGGAUUACAGCGAGCUUGAACAAAUCUGCGAUAGAGGCUCCAACCGUUCCUUCCGUUCGUGGUUCCUUCCCACUAUCUACACGAUCAUCUGCUUCAUGGCCCUCGUGGGAAACUUUCUGGUCAUCCUAACCUACCUUUACUUCAAGAGGCUGAAGACAAUGACUGACGUCUACCUGCUCAAUCUAGCCAUGGCUGACCUGCUGUUUGCAAUUUCUCUCCCCUUCUGGGCAGCUAGUUUCAUGAGCAAGUGGCAUUUGGGUCUGUAUCCAUGCAAAGCCAUGUUCACCAUCUACAAGGUCAGCUUCUUCAGUGGCAUGUUCCUUCUCACCUGUAUCAGCGUAGAUCGUUAUUUCUGCAUAACAAAAGCCAUCUCUGCUCAUCGCUGUCGCUCCAGUGCAGUCUUUUAUGGACAGGUGUCUUCUCUAGUAACCUGGGUGAUGGCAGUGAUCUUUUCAGUCCCAGACAUGGUGUUCUCUGAAGUUAACAUCAAUGGCACUUGUACAGAAAAUGGAAACAACUAUGAAGCCUACCGCAUUAAGAUGCUGCUAAGUCAGAUGGUCCUGGGUUUUAUACUUCCAGCAGUUGUCAUGGGGUUCUGUUACAUCUGUAUCAUCAAGACCCUCAUCCAAGCCAAGAACUUUGAAAGGAAUAAAGCCUUCAAGGUCAUCAUUGCAGUGGUAUCUGUCUUUGUGUUCAGUCAACUACCCUACAAUGUAGUCAUGGGAGUGACCGUUCAGGACACAACGGAUUGCAACAAGGACAAGAGUCGUCUUUAUGCUAUGGAUGUAACCAGAGCCGUGGCCUUCUUGCGCUGCUGCGUAAACCCCUUCCUGUAUGCCUUCAUUGGGGUAAAGUUUCGCAAUGAUCUCCUAAAGCUACUGAAAGACUUGGGAUGUAUCAGAAAGAGCCACCUCAUGUACACCCACUGUGGUAAACGAAGAUCAUCUUUUGGCCUGGAUACAGAAACCACAACAACGUUUUCCCCCUGAAUGCUCCUAUCUGUUAAUGAACAGAUUCCAAGACAACAAAAAUGUUUUACCAAUUUACUUUGUUACAUUGUGGUAAAUAGCUUCAUAGCUUCAUUCAGAGCUAACCACCUGUGGAGGACUGUGUUGUGACAUAGACUGACAUACUGCAAAUUCUGCUAUGCAGUGUUACUAGUGUCUUACUGUACAAAAGCUUCCUGCUUUUUUUCAUUGCUCUUUGAGAGAAGAACUGUCUCACUCUGUACGAUAUAACCAUUUUGUGUUCAAUAUCUUGUUCUCGAUAUCAAUGUCUAUACUAUAGAUUAUACAUGCUUUCAAAAAUAAGACAUCUUUAAGGCUAACUAUCCAAUAAUAUGUGGGAAAGUUAGCAGCAAAAUCCUCUGUCAUGGUUGGAAUUCUUUAAAAUAUUCAUUUUCUUUACUCUGUCUGAGAUGUUAUGAAACUAAAUAAAAAUACAU